AUGGGGAAGUUGCAAUCCCCUGUACAAAGGAGCGAAACAGUGAUAAUGUUAGCAGCUGCUCCUCCGCAGUCAUAUCCAAGUAGUGCGGUCGUCGAACAGAUCAUCGGGUCUAUCUACCAACAAAUGGAUGGCGCUAGCAUGGGUAAUCCAGCGAGUCCAGUGCUAGCCAAUCUAGUGAUGAAUUAUAUCCUAAAAAAUAUGGAAGGCAUGUUACCCUUUCCAGUUCCUUUCCUGAAGGUUUAUGUUGAUGACGUUGUCACAGCAAUACCUAAGGAUAGAAUGGACCAAACACUUAAGACCUUUAAUAGUGUCAAUAAUAAGAUCCAAUUCACAAUGGCAGUAGAAAAUAAUAGAACCUUACCCUUCCUAGAUAUGAAUAUUAUAAGAAACGAAGACGGUUCCAUUGUAAUGAUCUGGUAUGCGAAACCUACAAGCUCUGACAAGGUUGAUAAACUAAAACAAUCGAACCUUGUUUACAAAAUACCAUGUGAAUGUGACAAAUGCUACAUAGGACAAACUAACCAAAAAUUAAAAAAAAGAUUAGAACAACAUAAGAAUGAUUGUAAACCUACAAAUGCUCAAAAGAAUAAUACUACUGUGUUUGCCGAGCACCAUUUUAAAACAGGACACAAGUUCAAAUUUGAAGAGACAGCCAUUUUAGACAGAGAAGACAACUG